GCGCGCCGGCCCCUCCGACGUCGGUGCGGCGGGAGGCUCCGCCCGACCGAGGGCUUCUUUGCCCCGCCCCCUUCCCGCGCCGUCGUGGCGGCCACUUCCUGGCCCUCCCCAGCUUUUGCAAAACCAACGAGAGGACACCGCCUGCAUCUAGAGCAGCCCAACCAGGAACGUAACCGAGUAGCGCGCGAACGUGAGAGGAAAGCUGUGCGCGGCUGCGCUUUCCCGCCCCUGAACCGUUCUAGACGCGGGUGAGUGCUGGGGCUUCGGCCCGCACCUGGAGCUGCGCGCGGAGCAGCCCCCGGAACGACUCCGCCCCUCUCCAGGAGCUGUGUUUGUUGACCCGAGUUCUGUGAGUGACAGAAAAACUGUCCUGCCUCUUUCCCCACUCCCCCACCCCUGCUUAAGAAUUACGUCUGUCAAGCUAUUCCACACCUGGUCCUUCAAAGGAAAAAUGCUUUCUGAAAGCAGUUCAUUUUUGAAGGGUGUAAUGCUUGGAAGCAUUUUCUGUGCCUUGAUCACUAUGCUAGGACACAUUAGGAUUGGUCAUGGAAAUAGAAUGCACCACCAUGAGCAUCAUCAUCUCCAAGCUCCCAAUAAAGAAGACAUCUUGAAAAUUUCAGAGGAUGAACGCAUGGAACUCAGUAAGAGCUUUCGGGUAUACUGUAUCCUCCUUGUCAGACCCAAAGAUGUGAGCCUCUGGGCUGCAGUGAAAGAAACUUGGACCAAUCACUGUGACAAAGUAGACUUCUUCAGUUCUGAAAAUGUUAAAGUGUUUGAGUCAAUUAACAUGGAAACAAAUGACAUGUGGUUAAUGAUGAGAAAAGCUUACAAAUACGCCUUUGAUAAAUAUAGAGACCAAUACAACUGGUUCUUCCUUGCACGCCCCACUACGUUUGCUAUUAUUGAAAACUUAAAGUACUUUUUGUUAAAAAAGGAUCCAUCACAACCUUUCUAUCUAGGUCACACUGUAAAAUCUGGAGAUCUGGAGUAUGUGAGUAUGGAAGGAGGAAUUGUCUUAAGUAUAGAAUCAAUGAAGAGACUUAACAGCCUUCUCAGUAUUCCUGAGAAGUGUCCUGAACAGGGAGGGAUGAUUUGGAAGAUAUCUGAAGAUAAGCAGCUUGCCGUCUGCCUGAAAUAUGCCGGAGUGUUUGCAGAAAAUGCAGAAGAUUCUGAAGGAAAAGAUAUAUUUAACACCAAAUCUGUUGGGCUUUUUAUUAAAGAGGCAAUGACUAAUCGCCCAAACCAGGUAGUAGAAGGAUGUUGUUCAGAUAUGGCUGUUACUUUUAAUGGACUGACACCUAAUCAGAUGCAUGUAAUGAUGUAUGGGGUAUACCGUCUUAGGGCAUUUGGGCAUGUUUUCAAUGAUGCAUUGGUUUUCCUACCUCCAAAUGGUUCUGACAAUGACUGAGAAGUGAAACAAGAGCAUGUAUAUGAUCGCCGUACAGGACGUGUGUUGUUGUUAUUUGUAGUAACAACUGCAUAUAUAUCCAACACAGCAGUAUGUUUCUUUUUUUGUUUUCUUUUUCAAUUUGGUGGCACUGAUUUAUUCCCACAUUGAAGUUUAGUAGUACAUUUUUAAAUGGGGUGGAUUUUUUUUCUUAAAAAAUAUGAUAAUUUCAACUGUGUUGGAAAGAAAUGUCUUAAGAAUAAUAAUUUUACAAAUAAAGGAUAUAAGUAAUAUAUGUGAUAAAUUCUAAAUUAUGAACAUUAAAGUCUGUGGCACAUUUUUUUGUUGAUUGAUUAAAAAUUUAACGUGUCUUUUUAGCUUGCUAAGAUAUGCAAAUGAAAUCUCUAAUUUCGAAUCUGUGAUUAAAGUAAAACUUUUAGCUCUG